AGUUUUCUCUCUGAGACACAGCAGACACCGCACGAUCUGACAAGAAACUGAAACACAGCCUGACUUGCAAAGCAAGCCUAGCCAGGAGCUCUCUGUGGCUCCUGUUUAUUUCCUAAACUUGGAAUCCAUCUUGAACGGACACUCUUGAAGCUUGCUUCUUUAUUUUACUCACUUUUUCUCCUGGGGUUUCCUUAAAGUUUGGACGUUUUCCUCUUCAGAGCAGCUUUGGAGUCGAGUGAGAACAGGAAGCAGGAGGUCGAGGAGGAGGCGGGGGCCGCUCUCAGUUUAAAGGCUUAACUUCACUUGUCCGCUUUUCUCACCUGCUCCUCGUCUGGAAUGAAAACACCAGAGAGCUUUCUGUGACAGACAAGACAAGAAAGAAGAUCCACUUCCUGGAAAGGGAUCUGUUUUUUAAGCUCCAAGGGACACGGACUACACAACACAGACAGCCUCUAUUGAUGAGUGAGCGUCUGAUGGUGUGUUGUUGCCUCACACCGCCCAGUCUUACCUGUCUUUGACUCGGUUACCCUUCAGCAUGGCCAACGUCAGUCCCUUCAUGUCACCGGGGCCCAUUUCCCAAGUAUUCUUCCCCCCGGGCGGGCCGUCUCCUCCUGGGUCGGUGGUAAUGCAACAAGGUAUCCCGGUCUCUGUCCCUGCGUCCCAAACCCCAGGAUUCCCUCCACUGGACUCAGGGGUGGCCCUGGGGCCCGGCGGGGCUUCCGCUAUGCUGUCUAUCCCUCCGGCACCAGCCGGUGUCUCCUUCAUCAUACAGAUUGGGCUGACCAGGGAAUCUGUACUUCUUCCCCAGUCUGCAGACCUGGCUUACAUCAAACAAAUUGCAUGCUCGAUUGUGGAUCAGAAGUUUCCUGAAUGUGGCUUUUAUGGGAUAUACGACAAGAUCCUCCUUUUCAAGCACGAUGUAGGCAGCAAUAACAUCCUGCAGCUGGUGAAGGCAGUGUCUGACAUCCAGGAGGGCGAUCUGGUGGAGGUUGUUUUGUCCGCUGCUGCCACAUUUGAGGAUUUUCAGAUUCGCCCGCAUGCGCUGAACGUGCACUCCUACCGUGCACCGGCCUUCUGCGAUCACUGCGGCGAGAUGCUCUUCGGUCUGGUGCGUCAAGGGCUCAAAUGCGACGGCUGUGGGCUGAAUUACCACAAACGCUGUGCCUAUAGUAUUCCCAAUAACUGCAGCGGGGUGAGGAAGCGUCGCCUGUCAACCACGUCCCUUACCAGCAGUCAAUCUCUGCGCCUGUCAACCACAGAGUCCCUCAGCAGCCUAAACAGCAGUGUGACGUCUGAGGACGUCAGCCUCAUCCGAUCACACACCCAAAUGCCCCGCACUCCCAGCGAUGCCAGACGCUGUUACACCGGACGUCCCGUCCACCUGGACAAGAUCCUCAUGACUAAAGUGAAGGUCCCGCACACAUUUGCCGUUCACUCGUACACUCGGCCCACCGUAUGCCAGUACUGCAAGAGACUGUUGAGGGGUCUGUUCCGCCAGGGGCUCCAGUGCAAAGAUUGUAAAUUCAACUGCCACAAGCGAUGUGCGUACAAGGUGCCGAACGACUGUUUAGGCGAGACUCUUGGAGACAUGUUGAGUCCGAGCACAGACGCGGAGGUGUCGAUGGACUACAGUAAUGACUAUACAGACCCUGAUAAAUCCUCAUUGAUGGAUGACUCAGAUGAAGCUUGCAGUAUCCCUGGCUCUUUCUCCCCAGACAGCAGCCAGGACGGAGCCAGUGGAGACCAGAGUGCUAAUAUUCCUCUGAUGAGAGUCGUGCAGUCCAUCAGACAGACCACACGCCGCUCUAGCACGGCCAUUAAAGAGGGCUGGAUGGUGCACUACAGCAAUAAGGAUACAUUGCGGAAGAGACACUACUGGCGACUGGACUGCAAAUGCAUCAUCCUAUUUCAGAACGAUACCACCAACAAAUACCAUAAGGAGAUCCCUCUCUCAGAAAUCCUGCAGAUCCGCUAUGCGGGUGAUUUCUCUCUCGUGCCUAUUGGCACGAGUCCCCACUGUUUUGAGAUGGUGAUGGGCAACAUGAUCUACUUUGUUGGCGAGGACCCCAACCCCUCCCCAUCCCCGUUAUCAAGCAUGCACGGUGUGCCCAACUUUGCCACACCGAGCUGUGUCGCGCCUAAUAGCGGAGUGGGGCGGGAGUUUGCCAAAGGCUGGGAGACAGCCAUUCGUCAAGCCCUGAUGCCAGUCAUCUUCCAAGACAACCCUCCGGCAUUGGGAAAAACUCCUCAUCGGCAAGCGUCAGUCAGCAUUUCUGUAUCUAACAGCCAGAUUCAAGAGAAUGUGGAUAUUGCAAUGGUCUACCAGAUCUUUGCUGAUGAGGUUCUGGGUUCUGGACAGUUUGGUGUGGUUUAUGGAGGGAAACACAGGAAAAGUGGUCGGGAUGUAGCUGUGAAGGUGAUUGACAAGCUGCGAUUCCCAACAAAACAGGAGAGCCAGCUGAGGAACGAAGUGGCCAUACUGCAGAGCCUGAGACACUUGGGUAUAGUGAAUCUAGAGUGCAUGUUUGAGACGCCUGAGAAGGUCUUUGUUGUGAUGGAGAAACUUCAUGGUGACAUGUUGGAGAUGAUCCUGUCCAGUGAGAAAGGUCGACUUCCAGAGAGACUCACCAAGUUCCUCAUUACACAGAUUUUGGCUGCUUUGAGGAACCUUCACUUCAAGAACAUCGUGCACUGUGACCUCAAACCUGAGAAUGUGUUAUUGGCAUCAGCGGAUCCUUUCCCACAGGUGAAACUUUGUGACUUUGGCUUUGCUCGCAUCAUCGGAGAGAAGUCUUUCCGUCGCUCUGUCGUGGGAACACCGGCUUACUUGGCUCCCGAGGUCCUCCUGAACCAGGGAUAUAAUCGCUCCUUGGACAUGUGGUCAGUUGGUGUGAUCAUGUACGUUAGCCUGAGCGGAACCUUCCCCUUCAAUGAAGAUGAAGACAUAAACGAUCAGAUCCAUAACGCUGCCUUCAUGUACCCGCCUAACCCUUGGAAACAGAUCUCUCCUGAAGCUAUCGACCUCAUCAAUAAUUUGCUGCAAGUGAAGAUGAGAAAACGCUACAGUGUGGACAAGAGUCUCAGCCACACCUAUUUACAGGAUUACCAGGCCUGGCUAGACCUCCGAGAGCUGGAGUCAAAGCUUGGGGAGCGUUACAUAACCCAUGAGAGCGAUGACAGUCGCUGGCAGCAGUACGCCUGUGACCACACGCUGCCGUACCCUCCUCACCUGGUGCCUCCGCCCCCCGCAUCAGAUGAUGAGGGUGCGGAGGAUGCGGACAUGCAGGGACUGACGGAACGUGUUAGCAUCCUUUGAAAAAAAGGUUGAGGAUGCCGCAGAGAGGGUUGACGAGCGCCCGCAUUAUAAGAAACUGUAAGGACGACCCCCUCUUUCAACCGACGGCAGAUUCUCUGACUUCUGACCUUUUCCAGCCAGAAGAUAGCCAAGAUGUGUUUCUGGGAUGUAGAGAUAAUACGGUCGGGGAAGAUUCGUUUCGGACCCCAGCACUCAAGCAGACACGCACACAACAAAAUGUUGAGAAUCUCCGGUCUGACUUUGUCUUUGUACUCGAAACAAUCGUAUCACCUUUGAUACAAAACGCUGAGAGAGUACUAAUCUGUAUAAUGUCUGGAUUUCCCUGUUCUUGUAAUGAAACCAUUUUGAGUUUCAGAUUCACUGAAAAAUUUCCAAGAAAACAGUUGUAGAAACCCGGUGUUUUCCAUUGUCAUUUCAUAAGUGUGCGCUGAAGGUGUGAUACUGUACACUCACUCUUACUGAAGGACUGUGACUUUGGGAAGGAUGUCAUCCAAAAAGGACUGAGAUGCAGGUUUAUCUCUAACUGACUGCACAAGGACUGCCAAAACUUUUCUCAGAUCAGCUGCUAUUGGCAAUGGGGAAAGGGCUGUGUUGAUCUUGGUUAUUUUAACUGAUGUUGGUUAUGCUGUGGGAGAUAUCCUGGGUGUGUAUUCAUAUUCUAAGCUGACCCUAGACCUGAGCACUAGGCUGCAUGUCCCUGAGAAUUCAAUUUGCUUAAGACUUAUUGCUAUGAAGGACUUUUGUACAUGUGUAACCUUAGAAAUGUAGCUUUAUGGAUGGAAUGUUAUGCGUUCCGGCUGGUUUAAUAAAUACAUAAAUAUA